AUGUUAGAAACCAGGCAUAAACAGCAACCUGAACCAAACUCUAACUACUACAACGAGAAUCUUUUGCUUUGGACUCAUAUUGUUAGAUCAAAGAGGAAAGGCAAUAACAAUAAAAAAAACCAAUUUAUUGUUUCGUCUAACCCUACGUUGGUUAGUCGUCUGGGUACUGAAGAAGUGUCAUCUCAACAUGCUCUUAAUGGCUUUAUCUCUCCAGCUCUCAUUGCAGUUAUUCGUCCAUUAAUCAAAGGAAUGGAACAAGAUUCAGUCUUCAUUGAUCUUACUCCAGUCAAGGAUCGAUCUUUAUCAAACAAAGCUCUGCUUAAGUUUAACGAAGAUGCUGAAAACACAGGAUUCUACGAAGAUUUUCUGGGCUAUCGAAAGCAAACACGCAACUAA